AUUAUCUCGGUGGUGGGCGUACGGAGCGUCACUGAACUGACAGGCGACGCAGAGCCGCACCAGGUCGCUUGUUUGAUAGACAGAUAGGCAGGGCGCCACUCACUGUAAUGCACGUCUUACUUGCGUAUUAGGGCUCCGUCACCAUGAAGUUACCAAAGACAUGAUGCAAGAAAGGGGGCAGACAUCUUGCACAGGAAGGUAGCUUUAGGUACUCCAAAGUGCAAGAGUUAACUUUGGAGACCUUACACAUCGUUAGCAGCAAUUUUCUUCUCUCGCUGGCAGCCGUAUCCAGCUUACUGAUAGCACCGUUGGCAGCGUGACACACGCGGCGGCUGGGAGGAGUGUUCUUGCGCAUCAAUAUUAAAGGCUUUGAAGGCUAGCUCAAUGGCGCGAGGAGUUAACAUCCUUUUCGGGGCUGCCUUGGUCGCCAUGGUGGCCGCAGGGAUAGCGGCGGCAUCCCAAGAAGGAUUCUCAAGCAGGGACGGUCGCAGCCUGUUAGCGCCAACCACCUUCCCAUGGUGCAAGUGCAUGGCGUACAGUUGCAAGUGCAGCCCGUACACGCUUGAGCUUGUAUCAUCGGAGCCCAUUUCGAAUGGCACGCAAGUCCAAACCUGCUUCAAAGUUGGCUACAGCGGCUGCGAUCGAAGCCUGCCUUGCUGCCGCGGCAUGCUGAGGAAUGUGGACAAAGUUGCGCUUGACACCACCUCGCAUUGCUCCAAGUCAAACAUCAUUCAGGUGGCGGUCAACGGGAAUAUCUAUCCCUCUUGGGCAACCUACGUCCAUACCACAGGUUACGAAAUCAAGGUUUACAAUCUGGGCAUGAGCAACGCAACCUUCCCAGGCACCAGCAUCUGCGUCACCUCCCUGGCCCCCUGCUCCACCAUGUCGGACGUGUGCAAGUACUACACGAACAGAGGCUGCAGGUACUCCUUCGCUGACACAACGUCCACCACCUACUGUCCCAUCUGCAUCUACAAGCCGGCGUCGCAGUACCCGCAGCCUGCGACGCCACCUGAUGCACCACCGGACGCGCCUGAACUCCCGCCACCAAUGGCACCGCUUAAACCGGCCAUGUUCAAGCCCCCGCCGCCGCCGCCCUCCCCACCACCGCCCGCGCCUCCGCCGCCGUCGCCACCGCCGCCGGCUCCGCCGCCGCCCUCGCCGCCGCCACCGGUGCCGCCGCCGCCAAGCCCUCCGCCGCCGCCCGAUGCCCCUCCGCCACCUGAUGCCCCGCUGCCGCCCAACCCGCCGCCUCCGCCGCCGCCACCCAGCCCGCCGCCGCCGCCCAGCCCCCCACCUCCGCCAAGCCCCCGUCCUCCGUCUCCUCCACCCAAGCCGCCGCCAUCGCCUAAGCCACCGAAGCCCUUGCCACCAUCACCUCCGUUGAACCCGCCGAUAGCGCCGCCGCCGCCUUCCCCGCCGCCGCCGUCACCACCGCCUCCAAACCCCCCACCCCCAUCACCACCGCCGCCUUCGCCACCUCCUCCCUCGCCGCCGCCUCCGUUCCCGCCUCCACCCUCGCCCCCGCCGCCCUCCCUGCCACCUCCCUCGCCCCCGCCGCCCUCACCUCCUCCCCCACCCCCACCUCCGCCGAUGCCACCCUCGCCCAAGCCACCUUCACCUCGACCCCCUCCGCCCAAGCCGCGGCCCCCACCACCCAAGCCACCUUCACCGCGUCCCUCUCCCCCUCCUCCCCGUCCUCCCCCUCCGUCACCCCCCUCACCUUCGCCACCAUCGCCCCCUUCGCCUCCUUCACCUGUCCCUCCCUCUUCGCCCCCUCCGCCCCCACCGCCACCGCCACCGCCACCACCGCCGCCUCCACCACCUCCCCCGCCGCCACCUGCACCCAAGCCUCCUGCUCCUUCGCCUCCUUCACCUGUCCCUCCCUCUUCGCCCCCACCUCCCCCACCGCCACCGCCACCGCCACCACCGCCGCCUCCACCACCUCCCCCGCCGCCGCCUGCACCGCCUCCUUCACCUGUCCCUCCCUCUUCGCCCCCACCUCCCCCACCGCCACCGCCACCGCCACCACCGCCGCCUCCACCACCUCCCCCGCCGCCUCCUGCACCCAAGCCCCCCGCUCCUUCGCCUCCUUCACCUGUCCCUCCCUCUUCGCCCCCACCUCCCCCACCACCUCCGCCCCCGCCUCCACCACCUCCCCCGCCGCCUCCUGCACCCAAGCCCCCCGCUCCUUCGCCUCCUUCACCGCUCCCUCCCUCAACGCCCCCACCG